CAGUGCUGAGGGAGUGACCCCAUGGUGUCUGCUUUCUGCAGCGCUCUUUGGGAUCCAUCAUAUGACACAAAAGUUACUUACUGUGAUGCUGGAGAAUCAGGAUUCAGAAGUUCCCUUGGCUGGGGGCAGCUGAAGGGCAGGGGAAAUGCAGCAGUAGAAACUCUGGGCUCCCUGCAUGUUUCCCUGUGACUUUAGCCUGGGUGUCUCACCACAGUCUCUACUCCUAGGUGAUGUGCUGACAAAGCUCUCCAGGGGCUGGAGGUUUUACGGUGGGAACCUCUAUUACUUUUCACAAGAAAAAAAGUCGUUUGAUGAGGCUGAGCAGUUCUGUGUGUCUCAGGACUCGCACCUGACCUCUGUCUUCUCCCAGGAAGAACAGGAGUUUCUCACCAAGGAGACCAAGGGACAAAAUUACUGGAUUGGACUCACUGACCUGGGGACAGAAGGCAGCUGGCGCUGGGUGGAUGGCACAGAAUACAGAGCAGAUGCAAGCAGGAGGUUCUGGGAGAAGAAUCAGCCAGACAACUGGCAUCAGGGGAAAGGAGGCAGAGAAGACUGUGUUGAGACUCGCUCAAUGGAGCUGAAGUAGUGGAAUGAUGCCAACUGCACUCUGCCUUCUAGGUGGAUUUGUAAGCAGGCCCAUGGACAGGGUGGGCUGUGACAUGCAGGUCCCAGCACCUCAAAAACCACCUUAAUUUCCAAGCUUGAAUAUUUUUCAGCCACCUACCAAUGAGGAGCCCUGUGCACUGAAGGGGGCUGCAUGGCAUGUGCAUCACAGGGACGCUUUGUCUUGGUGUGAUAAUUCUGGCUUUAGCAUAGACAGCUGCCCUUAUGCCGCUCAGUGCAGCUGUCUCUGUAAUUUGUAUGUUUCCAGGUCUGAAUAAAAUCCUUGGAUCAUGUUGUACAGACAAAACUACACAGGAUCUUUUCAGGGGGCAAGACAAAGA